CAGAUCCUAUAUCCACUUGCCGUCACCCACCAGCGGCAAAGUCAGACGCUCGCGGCCGCUCCGAAGCGCACACAUCCCGGCCACGCAUCCCGCGACGCGCCGCCCCAGCCAGCCGCCGACAUCAUGGACCCGGAAGCAGUAGCGGCAUAACGGUGCGCCCUCCCGGCCUUUACGCAGACAGAAGGGGGGGCCGUGUUUUCCGGAGGGUUAGUUUCUUGAACAACAUCGGCUUGUUUUCGGAGUGGACAUUAAUUUUUGGAGGCUUUCCGUGUCCUCCAUCAUGGCGAGUGACUCUCCUGCUCGGAGUCUGGAUGAAAUCGACCUGUCUGCUUUGCGGGAUCCUGCUGGCAUCUUUGAACUGGUGGAGCUGGUGGGGAAUGGCACCUACGGCCAAGUGUACAAGGGUCGCCAUGUUAAGACGGGGCAGCUGGCAGCCAUCAAGGUCAUGGAUGUCACUGGGGACGAGGAGGAGGAGAUAAAAGCUGAAAUCAACAUGCUGAAGAAGUACAGCCAUCACCGUAACAUCGCUACCUACUAUGGAGCCUUCAUCAAGAAGAACCCUCCUGGAAUGGAUGACCAACUAUGGCUCGUCAUGGAGUUCUGCGGUGCGGGUUCAGUGACGGACCUGAUCAAGAACACCAAGGGCAACUCCCUGAAGGAAGAGUGGACGGCCUACAUCUGCCGGGAGAUCCUCAGGGGCCUGACUCAUCUCCAUCAGCACAAGGUCAUCCACCGAGACAUCAAGGGCCAGAACGUCCUGCUGACGGAGAACGCCGAGGUCAAACUCGUGGACUUUGGGGUGUCGGCUCAGCUGGACCGGACCGUGGGAAGGAGGAACACGUUCAUCGGGACGCCAUAUUGGAUGGCGCCGGAGGUGAUCGCUUGUGACGAGAACCCCGAUGCCACGUAUGACUUCAAGAGCGACUUAUGGUCCCUGGGCAUCACGGCCAUAGAGAUGGCGGAAGGAGCGCCGCCGUUGUGUGACAUGCACCCCAUGAGGGCCCUCUUCCUCAUCCCUCGGAACCCCGCCCCAAGGCUCAAGUCAAAGAAAUGGUCCAAGAAGUUCCAGUUGUUCAUAGAAAGCUGCCUGGUGAAGAGCCACAGCCAGAGACCCAGCACAGAGCAGCUCCUCAAGCAUCCCUUCAUCAGGGACCUGCCCAACGAGAGGCAGGUUCGCAUCCAGCUCAAGGACCACAUCGACCGCACCAAGAAGAAGCGAGGAGAACGAGAUGAGACGGAGUACGAAUACAGCGGCAGCGAGGAGGAGGAUGAAGACCGGGACAUGGGUGAGCCGAGCUCCAUCAUCAACAUCCCCGGCGAGUCCACCUUGAGGCGGGACUUUCUGCGCCUGCAGCUGGCCAAUAAGGAGCGAUCGGAGGCGCAGCGGCGCCAGCAGCUGGAGCAGCAGCAGAACGAGGAGCACAAGCGCCUCCUGCUGGCAGAGAGGCAGAAGCGCAUCGAGGAGCAGAAGGAGCAGCGGCGGCGGUUGGAGGAGCAGCAGCAGCGGGAACGCGAACUGAGGAAGCAGCACGAGAGGGAGCAGAGGAGGCGCUACGAGGAAAUGGAGCAGCUCCGCCGAGAGGAGGAGAGGAGGCACGCGGAAAGGGAGCAGGAGUAUAUCCGUAGACAGCUGGAGGAGGAGCAGAGGCAGUUAGAGAUUCUCCAGCAGCAGCUACUACAGGAGCAGGCCUUACUGCUGGAGUACAAGCGUAAGCAGGUGGAGGAGCAGCGCCAGGCGGAGCGACUGCAGAGGCAGCUCCAGCAGGAGAGGGCCUACCUGGUGUCCCUGCAGCAGCAGCAGCAGCAGGAGGGCAGGCAGGCGGAGAAGAAGCAGCUGUAUCAUUACAAGGACGUCAUCAAUCCCAACGACAAGCCGGCCUGGGCCAAAGACGUGGCGAAGCAACAGCAUUGCCAGGGCGUUGCCCCGCCCCGCCCUAACCUGCGCCAUCACCAGUCAUUCAACCAGCCGUCGCCAUCGUCCCCGGCCACCCACGGCCAACCCCGAGCUCAGGUCCCUAAACGAACUCCGUCUGUGGGCGCCCAGAUCCUGUGCGACCACCUCCCCCAAAUGCGACUCGCGCUAGACCCCGGGCGCCCCCUGGACCCGGGGCUGAAGCAGGAAAUAAGCCAGCAGGUCAGAGAGUUGAGGGCCCGGAGACGUAGUCAGAGGAAGUGCAGCCCCCCCAAGGAUAAUAAGGUGGCUCGGAAGGAGCCUCCCAAAGAAUGUUCCCGUCAUAUUCCGAACCCCGCGGCCGACCCCCACCCCCGGGAGAAAGCGGAGCACCACAAAGAGAUGUCCCGAGGCAGGCCCCUCUCUGCGCCCGCUCACGCCGACGUCCUUUUGUCCUCAGACCCCCAGGUUGUGUUUAAGGCCCCCGCACGGGUCCAGAAACUGGUGGAGGAGAGAUCUAAGAUGAACAGGCAGAGUUCUCCGGCGCUUCAACCCAAAGCGUCCAAUCGCAUCGCCGACCCCUCCCUCCCUCCCCGCUCAGAGUCCUUCAGCGGCGGCGGCAUGCAGCCUGCCCGAACCCCACCCGUCCACCGUCCCGCUGAACCCCAGAUGGCCCACCUGAUCCCCGUCAAGACCCACGCCGGUUCUAUGUCCGGGUCACAGUCUCUGCAGGACCAGACGGGCUCCGCUCUGAGCGAGGGCGUCGGCUCUCCCAGGCUGGAUAUCCCACGGCAAAACUCCGACCCGACAUCCGACACUCAAACACCGCCGCUUCGUAUCGCCGGGAGGGAAGAGCGGGACCGGGAUCGGGAUCGGGACAGACCGGCCUGGCUGAGGGAGGAAGACCUCCCGUCCAAGGUCCGAGAAUCCCAAUCGAACCCCCCCAGGACCACCUCCAUCUCCCCAGCCUUGGUCAGGAAGACCUCCCCCAAUGGAGGAGUUGGUCUGGGCCCCCGCACCGGCUCUCUUCUCAUCCUGGCAAGUAACCCAGACCUGCGACGUUCCGAGCUCUCCCUGGACGCCAUGCUACAAAGGACCUCCUCCAACUCCUCCUCCUCCUCCUCCCCCUCGUCCCAAGGAGGCUCGGUCGAGAGGAGAGGCCGCAGCAGACAAGAAGGAUCCUCCAUGGGAGCCAAUCAGGAGGCCAAUCAGGAGGCCAAUCAGGAGGCCAAAAAGGAGGAGAGCCGUGACUCGACCAGACCGAGCCGACCGGCGAGCUAUAAGAAAGCCAUAGAUGAGGACCUCAGCGCUCUGGCCAAAGAACUCCGAGAGCUGCGGGUUGAGGAGGGGAGCCGUCCUCCGGUCAAGGUGACUGACUACUCGUCAUCCAGCGAGGAGUCGGAGAGCAGCGACGAGGACGGCGAGACGGUGGGACACGACGGCACGGUCGCCGUUAGCGACAUCCCCCGCGUCAUGCCGGCCGUGCAAAGCGGCAGCGAGUCGUACCGAGGCCUGACAGACGACCCCCCGGGGGAGGCCUACGGCAGCACCACGGACAGCACCCUGGUGAUGCGAGAGGCCAAUGAGAAGAGGAGGAGAGGCAGCCACGCCGAGAGCAACGGGUUUGGCCAUCACGGUAACCAUGGCAACCUCCCUGACCUGGUGCAACAGAGCAACUCCCCCACGGCCGCGCCCUCGGCCCUGCAGGAGCUGGGCCAAAUGCCCGAGUUUGGUCUGGGCGGCUCCAAAUCGUCCUUCACCCCAUUUGUGGACCCCCGUGUCUAUCAAACGUCCCCGAGCGAUGAAAAUGAGAACCCGGCAGCUGCCAUGUUUGCCAACGAGCUCCUGAGGCAGGAACAGGCCCGACUCAACGAAGCCAGGAAAAUCUCCGUCGUCAACGUCAACCCCACCAACAUCAGGCCCCACAGUGACACGCCGGAGAUCCGCAAAUACAAGAAGCGAUUCAACUCCGAAAUUCUUUGCGCCGCACUCUGGGGCGUCAACCUGCUGGUGGGGACGGAGAACGGUCUCAUGCUCCUGGACCGGAGUGGGCAAGGCAAAGUUUACAACCUGAUCACCAGGAGGCGUUUCCUGCAGAUGGACGUGCUGGAGGGGCUCAACGUGCUCGUCACCAUAUCUGGGAAGAAGAACAAGCUCCGUGUCUACUACCUGUCCUGGCUGAGGAACAGAAUACUACACAACGACCCCGAAGUGGAGAAGAAGCAAGGUUGGAUCACCGUCGGGGAGCUGGAAGGCUGUGUGCAUUAUAAAGUUGUCAAGUAUGAGAGGAUCAAAUUCCUGGUGAUUGCUCUGAAGAACUCGGUGGAAAUCUACGCCUGGGCUCCAAAGCCCUACCACAAAUUCAUGGCCUUUAAGUCGUUCAGCGAUCUGCAGCAUCGCCCCCAGCUGGUCGACCUGACCGUGGAGGAAGGUCAGAGGUUGAAGGUCAUCUACGGCUCCAGCGUGGGCUUCCACGUCAUCGACGUUGACUCGGGAAACCCGUACGACAUCUACAUCCCGUCACACUGUACCAAAGAGACCAAGAUCCAGAGUCAUGUGACGCCGCACGCCAUCGUGGUGCUCCCCAAAACGGACGGGAUGGAGAUGCUGCUGUGCUACGAGGACGAGGGCGUCUACGUCAACACCUACGGGCGCAUCACCAAGGACGUGGUGCUGCAGUGGGGCGAGAUGCCCACCUCUGUCGCCUACAUCCACUCCAACCAGAUCAUGGGCUGGGGGGAGAAGGCCAUCGAGAUCCGCUCCGUGGAGACGGGUCACCUGGACGGGGUCUUCAUGCACAAGAGGGCGCAGAGGCUGAAGUUCCUGUGUGAGCGCAACGACAAGGUCUUCUUUGCGUCGGUGCGAUCGGGAGGCAGCAGCCAGGUCUUCUUCAUGACCCUCAACAGGAACUCCAUGAUGAACUGGUGAUGCUCCGCCCCCGUCGUCCACUCGCCACACUCCCAUCGGCCAACCAGUCACGGGAAGCCUAAAAGGGGCGGGGCUGAACUUUGAAAACAAACAAGGGACGACGAGGAGGCUUCUUGGGACUCCUUUUAAAUCCUUUCUUCCUCUUCCUCCACCCACCUUCAUCGCUCAUCUUCCUCCCGAGAUGAUGCUGUCGCUCUAGCGCCAUAUGCAACAAAUGACGUCUGCGUCCCUUUAAGAAGAUGGAUGUCCUCCCCGCCCCCUUUGCCCCCUCCUCGUCCUCCCUCCAAAGGUGCUGCAUCAAACUUGCUGUCAAUCAACAAAAGGUGUGAUCAUGCCCCCUCCCCCAACCCCUGAUUUAUUUGGUGUGAUGGUCGAGUGUGCGGCACACGUCCCACAAUGCAGUGCGGGAUGGUCCAAUUCCAGGAGAUGGACGUCCGUGGAAAAGGUAAAGGAGACGCUUCUCAUGCACUUCUUCUAUUUUUAGCAUCAAGUAGACGCCAAUUUUAUCCCACCGAUCAUUUUUCUAAGCAACAUAACGAACCUCCCAAACGGCCGUGCAGUUUUGUGGAGAGAUUUUGUAUUAAUAAUAAUAAUAAUAUGAUGAUAUGAAUAAUAUUAUUGAUAACAAUAAUAAUGCUUCCUCGACCGGCUGGAAAUAAGGUGCAACAAUGUCCAUCCAUCCAUACGCUGUACCUGCAGAUACUGCCUGAACUCCAUGAUGCAGUACCGCACUUUGGUCAGCAGGUGGCAGCAAAUGGCUGGGAAUAUUUCCUGUUGGGAUCAAAUGUCGGGAAGUUCAUUCCUGUGUGCACACAUUUUUAAAAAAUCAUAAUUGCUACAAAUAUUUAUGAUUUAUUGUUCGGUGUCUUGAGAAGCGUUUUAUCUUUUGGUUAGCACCUUCUAAGAAACGAAAGCGCUAGCUAGCUAGCUAGCUAGCUAGCUAGAUUUGCAGCUGGAAUACAUCGUUGUCUUCCUGCCACCGUGUUUUAUUUUUUUUGUUUUUGUUUGUUUUUGUUUGAUUUUGUCUGCUCCAAAUCCAUCCUGUGACCAUUUUAACAACUACUGCCUAGCUAACCAAGCUAGUAAGCUAACCAAGUAGUACCACACUUUAGUCAUAAGAUGGCGGCAAAUGACUGAAUUUGUUCUGCUGCGAUCAAAAGUUGGAAAAUAAGUCAUUUUUAAUCACAAUUGGAACAAAAUUGGUGGCCAAUUGCUUACUUUGUGUUAAUCUCGACUAGCUAGCUCGCGUUCAUAGAUAGAAUACAUCAUCAUCUUACUGCCACCACGUACAAACGUGGAUAUUUGAAAUUAAAUUCCAGCUCCACAUUUUUAAUUGUGAUUGCAACAAAAUUGUCUGGGUUUUAUUUUGUUUUAAAACAUUUUAUUUUGUGUAAUCCCGCUAACUCCCCUAACUAACAAACACGCCACCUAGCUAGCUUUCUAGCUAGCUUUCUCGCUAGCUUUCUAGCUAGCUUGCCAGCGUAUGUAUUUAGUGGUUAUAUUUUAGUUUGCCUCAUAUCAAAUGUUAGCCUGGAAGCUAACCAUGUAGUACCACACUUGGGUCACAAAAUGGCAGCAAAUGACUGGAUUUAUUCGACUGCCAUCAAAGGUCGGAAAUUUUAAAGAUGUUUUUGUUUCUGUGUGCACAUUUUAAUCAUAAUUUGUGAACAGUUGCUUCAUUUUGUGAUUUUUUUUUUAAUUUAAGCCUGCUAAAGCUAGCUGUAGCAAAUUAUACACGUCGUCAUCUUACUGCCACCGUGUAUUUUUUUUUAUUUUGUCUGCUUCAUGUUGAAUGUGACCAUUUUAACAAGAUGCUAUUGUAGCUACUGCCUGAGAGCUAAACAUGUAGUACCGCACUUUGAUCACAAGAUGGCAGUAAAUGACUGUGAAUUUUCAAUCAAAUUCCCAUUCCACAUUUUUAUUACAAUUGCAAGAAAUUUUUAUGUGCUAUUUUUAUGGCAUUUUCAUUUGCUUCAUAUCAAACGUGACCAUUUUAACAAGCUAAAUAUCGCUACAGCCUGAAAACUAACAAAGUCGUACCGCACUUUGGUCACAAGGUGGCAGCAAAUGACCUUGAAUUGGUUCUCUUCCAAUCAAACCUCAGAAAUUUAGAUUAAAUUCCUGUGUGUGGAUUUUUAAUCACAAUUGCAACAAAGAUUUAUGAGUUAUUUUCCAGUUUUGUGAAAAUUAUACUCUUUUGGUUAAGGCUGCUAGCUCUCCAUAACAAACCAAGCAAAUGGCUUUUUUUAAAACAAUUUUUUAGUUUGUUUCACAUCAAAUGUUGCCUGAAAGCUAACAUUGUAGUUUCAUACUCUGGUCACAAGAUGGCAGCAAUGUCCACGACGUUCUGGUGUGUUCAAACGUCAGUCGGACAUUGAAAAUACAUUCCUGUGUCCACAUUUUGAUCACAUUUGCAACACAAUUUUGAGUUAUUGCUCUACACAUUGCUACAAGGUUUUGUAAAGUUUUUUAUGUAGUCCUGCUAACUCCUGACAAAAAACAAAUGCCCCCCCCCCCCCCCCCCGCCAACGAGUUAGCAUUUCCCAUUUUUGUUCUGCCGGAUUUUUCUUUGCUUCACAUCAAAUGUGACUAUUUUAGCAAAUACAGCCUCAAAGCUCACAAUGUAGUACCACACUUUGGUCACCAGAUGGCAGCAAAUGGUUUGUUCUAAUACAAGCAAACAUUUGCAAUUGGAAAAAAUUCUGUGUGUGCACAUUUUUAAUAAUCAGGAUUUCUUUUUCGGUGUAUUGAAGAAAAAAACCUCCACUUCAGUUUGGUGAAUUUAUUUCAUUUUUUUCCAUAAUCCUGCUAGAUCUCUUUAACAAAUGAAUUUGCCAACUAGUUAAUUUUCGCCGGUGGGAUACUAUGAUGGAGUAUUAGGGCCACAUUGGAAAACAAUCAUCUGAGAUUUUGACAAUAAGGUCGUAAAGACAUAAAUCAAUUUACAACUUUUUUCAUGUUCAUUAAUGACUUUAAUUUCCUAUAUUCACAACUUUUUCUUGUGAAUUUAUGAAAUUUUCGUAAAUCUCAGUAAAAAGUUGUACAUUUCAGGGUUUUUUUCUGGUAAAUUUAUGACUUUCUAGAAAAAGGUUGUAAAUUUCAGAAUUUUUUGUUGUGAAUUUACGCCUUUCUCGAAAUCUCAGUAAAUGUACUACUUUUUUUCUCAUUAAUUUAUGGUUUUAUUCUGGUACAUUUUUGACUUUAUUGUGAAUUGUCAACUUUUUCUCAUAAAUGUUUGACUCUAGCACUGUCAAUUUACAACUUCCUGGAAAUCGCUAUUUUUUUCUUUUCAACGUGGCCCUAAUACUCCGUUUUGGGUACAUUGUCAUCUAUUUUAUUUUUUAUUUGUUUGCUUCAUCAAUGAGACUUUUAUUUUUUAACAGGAUGUUAACACACGUAUUUAUUGUUGUGGAAGAUGACGUAAUAAAACCUCACAAAGUCGUGUACUGUACUAAAAUGGGUAAAACCACUGUAGAUGUGCCGGGUGUUUGGUUAGCGCAUGGGUAAACAGGCUAACGUUUUAGCAAUAAAUAGCCUAGCGGUCUUCCUUGGUUGUGUGUGUGUGUGUGUGUGUGUGUGUGUGUGUGUGUGUGCGUGUGUGUGUGCGUGCGAUGAAAGCGAGCCGUAUUUGUCCAUUGUGGUCAUUACGCUCCGGACUCUGAAAGACAAAACCACUGUAAUCUGUUAUUAUUUUCUUUCUUCUUCCUGCUUUAUUUUGAAAGAGCGUUACUAAUCAUCCUGUUUGGGGGAUUUCUUUUGUUUUGUAAAAGAGACAGAAAUAAACGAAGAGCAGAGA